UCUCACCUGGACCCCGGCUUCGCACUGGUAGGGGGGCGCCCCUUCACGCUUGGGCCCUCCUGUGGCCUCUGCGGCGGGGACCUCACCACGCAGCCCCUCCCCGCGCCGCCCUUCAGGGUGCCGUACCCUUUCGUCAGGGCCUCACAAGCACCCUGCUGCCUCGUCAUCAAGCCCACCAGGGGAGACUUUUUACAUGACUACCGGGGGAGCCAAGACCUUCAUAUUGGGGUGACGGAUAGUGAAGGUGUGGUGUACGAGUAUGACGUGGAGGGUCUGCACAGCGACUACACCUCCUCAUGGACGCAGGCCCUCGCUGUGCCCAUCAUCACAGACCCUGCCGCACCUGACCACCUCGACGCUGUGUGGAAGGAGUACUGGAACUUUAGUCUGCACACCCUGGCUGAGGACGCUGCCACCUGGAGCCCGGAAAGGUACUCUGAGGCUUCACACAACUGCUACUCAUUCGUGCUGGCCUUCCUGCAAGCCUUGGGUCCGCCGGGGCUGGAUGUGAAGAGCCUGACCAAGACAAGCCUCUGUGCGCAGCUCCUUCUCCCUCACACUACCUCUGCCGCGCGUUACAUCUCCCUCUACAGGCGGCUCAGAGUGGACGGCCAGGUGGCAGUCAAGCGGUGAUAGGGUAGGAAAAAAGAUAAAAUUGUUGUAUGUGUGUGCCUGUUUUCCUCUUUGUUAUGAUUGCCUUGUUUUCUUUUGUGUGUUAUAGUGUUGAUGUUGUUGUUGUUGUUGUUAAUAGGGUAGUACUAGUUGUUUCCUGUGUUUUUAAUUCUUUAUAUUCUCACAUCUAAUUGGUAGUUUGCUUCUUUUCUUCCAUCAUUACAUCAAGCAGUAUAGUUUUAGAAAGUUAUAUAGAGCUAUUUCUUGUUUCAAAUAUGAGGCACCCAUAUUUAAAAGGGAUAACAGACCACCCUUGCAGACUACUCUUUUUCCACGGAAGUAGCAUGGCUCAGAUUUCCUUAUGGCUGCCGGCAGUCACUGAGCCACAUUUUUGCAUUAAAUGGGGAUGUUUGGGAUUUAAUACUUUGAUUAUUGUGACCAUCAUCCAUAUUAUUCUCAUUAAUAAUUAAACAAACGUUUUGUUGGUACAUUGAAAAAAUAAAUGUAGUAGGUAAUAAUGGGAUGAAUGAAUAUGACAAAUUGUGUUAGUCCAUGGUGUCUGAACAUAGAUAUGAGGGGGGUCAGUGAGUGGUGAUUGAAAAGCUUGGGGAAUGUGAUUAUGUUCUUCACAAAAUGAAAAAUCUUUGCACAUAUUUUUCCUUAGUUGUGAAGUAUUUAUUAUGUACGAGAUUUCUUUUGCUUGUGUUAAAUUUUUCCGAGUUAUUCUAUUCCAUCAUAUCAUAUGCAACCUUAUCAUAUGCAAUUAUUCAUAUUUGUGGUUCUUUGUAAAUGAUACAGUAAACCCUCCAUAAAUCAGACUAAUUGGGGGAGGCUUUAUCCAAGAGUAAAAUCUGCUAUAAAAAAAAAAAAAAAAAA